AUUUCAACACCCUCCAUCAUGUUCACACUGCGGCUGCUGCGGCGGCCAGCACGGCAAUUUCUCUCUCGGCCACUCAGUACUUCGCCUGCAUCUAUUGUCCUUCCGAGAGCACGUGCCUUCCAUGCCUCCACGUCGCGAAAGUCCGAAUCUGAUACCCUCCUCUACCUACCCCACGAAAUGCUCCAGGCUCUCCACCUUGGUCUUCCGUGGUAUGCUGUGCUCCCUGUGGCUGCCUUCAUUGUGCGUGCGCUGCUCGUCACCACUAUGGGCUCUCGGGCACGAGCCAUCCAAGGUCGCUAUCUCGGCCUCCAGCCUGUUCGGCAUGCCAUUGCCUUGCAAACCCAGGCUGAGAUCAUGAACAAGGGCGGGUUCAGGAGUCCCAAAGAUGCAAGAAUCGCUGUAGUAAGAGCGGUCAAGCGGGAGUCGGGAGAGCUCGACAUCCGUUGGAACUGCAGACUCCGCGGUCAGCUAGGGUGGAGCUUAGCCCAGUUUCCCAUAUUCAUAUUCAUGCAAGAGACAAUCCGCAAAAUGACCGGUAUGCCGGAAGGUCUUUUCGGCUUGGCUAAAAGAACGGUGCAAUUCGAAGGAGAUUCAAGCACACUUGUUGGGGGAGCGACUGAAGCCGCACCCGUCCAUCUGCAGUCAAGUGAGUGGUUCGAGCCUUCACUUACGACCGAAGGCAUCCUCUGGUUUCCCGACCUGAUAGCCCCCGAUCCUACUGGUGCGCUCCCAUACAUCGUUUCUGCCCUCAUGUUUGCGACUGUCUACAGGAGCAACAGUGCGCCUGACAGUUAUGGCAAGAUCCCCCGAACCACCAGGGUUGUCCGGGCCCUUCUCAUGGGUAUUGCUCUCUUAAUUGGGCCUCUGCUUCAAAAUUUCCCCGCCGCUAUGAUGUACUAUUGGGCCUGCAGUACCUCGUCAGCCCUUCUUUGGAAUUAUUGGCUAGACAGAAAAUAUCCGUCGGUGCAGGGGUAUGGGAAGUGCAGGCGGCCAUUGUUGAUGAUGCCGCCGCCUCCAAAAACACGCCGUAUGUAGAAUUUCUAUGCAUGUAUACUAUAAUCUCUUGAGAUCCUAG